AUGUCUUGCAUUCUCGUCUUCUCUCAGUUCUUCUAUCUCUUCCUUAAACCCUGUGGCCAAGCUGGUCCCGUCGCCCAGAUUCUCGCUGGGAUUGUGUUGAGUUUGCUCACUAUAAUAAAGAAGGUUCACGAGUUCUUCCUCCAAAAAGACUCGGCAAGCUAUUACAUCUUUUUCUCAUUCCUUUUGCGAAACUGUUUCAUGUUCUUGAUUGGUCUCGAGAUCGAUCUUGACUUCAUGAAACGAAACUUGAAGAACUCCAUAGUCAUAACCUUGGGCUCCUUAGUCUCUAGUGGCAUCUUAUGGCUUGGUUUCCUCUGGUUUCUCAUCCGUUUCCUUAAUUUCAAAGAUGAUUAUUUAACGCUCUACCUAGCCUUCCUCGUUACCUUGUCCAACACGGCAUCUCCUGUCGUCAUCCGUUCCAUCAUUGAUUGGAAACUUCACACAUCUGAGAUCGGACGGCUAGCAAUAUCCUGCGGGUUGUUCAUCGAGAUCACCAACAUAUUCCUCUACACUGUCAUCAUGUCUUACAUCACCGGGGGUAUGAUCGGCGAUAUCUUUGCCUACGCAUUUGCCACCGGAGUUAUAAUCUUGAUCAAUAGGUUCUUAGCUUCAUGGCUCCCAAAAAGAAACCCUAAAGAGAAAUACCUCUCCAAAGCUGAAACGCUUGCAUUCUUCCUCCUUAUUCUAGCCAUCGCGUUAUCCAUCGAAUCCAGCAACAUAAACUCCACAGUUUUCGUGUUUUUGAUCGGACUAAUGUUUCCGAGAGAAGGCAAAGCUUACAGAACGUUGAUCCAACGGCUAAGUUACCCGAUUCACGAGUUUGUUCUUCCGGUUUACUUCGGUUACAUCGGGUUUAGAUUCAGUGUCAACGCGCUAACCAAACGCCAUUACAUCGUCCUCGCUAUGGCAGUGGCUCUUAGCUUUAUAGGCAAGCUCCUAGGAGUUUUGUGCGCGUGUUCAUUCCUCAAGAUCCCAAAGAAGUAUUGGCUUUUCUUGUCUACCAUUCUUUCCGUCAAAGGUCAUGUCGGUCUUGUUCUUCUCGACUCUAACUUGACGCACAAGAGAUGGUUUACUCCGAUAAUUCAUGACAUGUUCGUUGCGGUUCUGGUGAUCAUGACUUUGUUGAGCGGAGUGUUAUCCUCAAUAUUGCUUAAAACGCAAGAAAGGAGUUUCGCACACCAAAACACAUCGCUUGAGCUCCACGAUACCGCAGAGGAGCUACGAGUGUUGACUUGCGUCUACGGUGUGCGUCAGGCUCGUGGACUGAUCUCUCUAAUUUCAGCUAUAAACGGAGCUUCUUCUUCCCUGUUCACGCCUUAUCUCAUGCACCUCAUACCGCUCCCGAAGAAGCGGAAAACGGAAUUGCUGUACCACGAGUUAGACCAAGAGGGUUUGAAUUCCAGCGGCGGAGACGACGAGUUUGGACUUAACGAGAGCCUAGAGAUCAACGACUCGAUCGAUUCGUUUACUAGAGACAGAAAGAUCCUGAUCCGGCAAGUGAAGCUCGUGGCGCAACUGGAGAACAUGCACGAAGAGAUCUGCAACGCGACUGAAGAUCUUCGCGUCUCCAUCGUGUUUCUACCGUUCCAUAAACACCAGAGGAUCGAUGGUAAAACCACCAACGACGGGGAAGCUUUUCGGCACAUGAAUCGGAAGGUUCUGAAGCAUGCUCAGUGUUCGAUCGGUAUCUUUGUGGACAGAAACAUAACCGGUUUUCACCAGCUUCACGGGUCUGAUUCAGUGCAACACGUUGCGGCAUUGUUCUUUGGUGGUCCUGAUGAUCGUGAGGCUUUGUCCUUGUGCAAGUGGCUUACCAAUAACCCUCAGAUUCACCUCACUAUCAUGAAGUUUGUGGCAGACGAAUCCAAGACUGAGAAACUUGUUGGAGACGCGGUGACUAAAGAGAACAACGAAGUUUUCAUGGAGAUUGUUGGUAGAGACCAGACCGAAGUCGAAACAGAUCGAAGCUUCUUAGAAGAAUUCUAUGACAGAUAUGUAACAACGGGGCAAGUUGGAUUCAUAGAGAAGCGAGUGAGCAACGGAUUGCAAACGCUGACGAUUCUGAGAGAGAUCGGAGAGAUGUAUUCACUGUUUGUGGUGGGGAAAAACAGAGGAGACUGCCCAAUGACGUCAGGGAUGAACGAUUGGGAAGAGUGUCCGGAGUUAGGAAAUGUCGGAGAUUUCUUGGCUUCAUCAAAUAUGGAUGUAAACUCUUCUGUGUUAGUAGUUCAAAGACAUAGACACUCUUUUGAUAGCUUUGUAGAUGAAUAA